GGCUGCCAACCAGCCAUCUUACGCGGAAGCCGGAGGAAAGCUCGAGUUGGUCGCAUUGGCGCAAGAAAAGGUGUUUGGUACAUCCUAAACGCAGGGCAUCUUAUUCCUUCACCAUGUCGGAGGGCCGGAUCUAUGUCGGGAAUCUGCCAAUGGAUGUCCAGGAGAGGGACAUUGAAGAUCUCUUCUACAAAUAUGGAAAAAUUCGUGAGAUUGAAUUGAAGAACAACCGAGGCACUAUCCCGUUUGCCUUUAUUCGAUUUGAAGACCCACGGGAUGCGGAUGACGCAGUCUAUGGAAGGAACGGAUAUGGAUAUGGAGACUCCAAACUACGUGUGGAGUAUCCUCGAUCCUCAAGUAAAUUUAAUCCAAUGGGAGGUGGAGGUGGUGGUGGAGAUAGAGGAAGUGGACCCAGAGGACGAUUUGGACCCCCGACACGGAGGUCUGAGUUCCGUGUGAUAGUGACUGGAUUACCGCCAAGUGGCAGUUGGCAGGAUCUGAAAGAUCACAUGCGCGAGGCAGGCGACGUCUGUUUUGCCGACGUGCAGCGCGAUGGGGAGGGCGUGGUGGAAUUUCUCCGCCGAGAGGACAUGGAUUACGCUUUGCGCCGACUGGAUCGCACAGAGUUCCGUUCUCACCAAGGUGAGACCGCUUACAUCCAUGUCUACGAGGAUAGAGGCACCCCCAACUGGGGUCGCUCGCGGUCCCGCUCCAGAUCCAGAGGACGCUUUUCGCCGCCCUACCGAGGAUCACCACCACCACGUUACCAGUCCCCUCCUCGCAUGUCCCGCCAUAGUCCGCCUCGGAGAUCAUCCAACCACAGCCCGCCACCUCGUCACUACCGCUAAAAGCUUAGGAUUCACGGAGGAAACUAAGGAGAAUGUUCUUUUUUUUUUUUUAAACCACCUUUGCCAUCGUAAGACUUUGUUUCUUCCUGCAUACAUUCCAUGGCUACUUCCCUUUUUGUGUGUGUGUGUAACUUUAAUAUCCUUGUGUGUUGUCUCCGCGCAAGAUUUUGACCCAUUUGAUAUGCAUCCUGAAUUAGUUUGCUCAAAUUACUUUUCACAAUGUUAAAAUAUCGAGCAGGUAUAGCUUUGCAGCUUUAGCUUAGAAAAUUGUUUUCGUGUAGAAUCUGAUGCUAAUCUGAUUUAGAACAAAUUAGUGAAACUUCAAAUCUCGACACUGCAAACCAUAUAUUUUUUUGUAAGCAUCUGACUGAAGUAGAUGGAAUUACCAUUUUGUGUGCAUCUGUACUUUUACAAUAAAAUGUUAACUUUC